GGAAGAUCUCCAAGAUGGUGGUGUUUCGGAGUGAUCCUUGUGGUAUAUUCUGUAUAUUGCUUACAUAUGGGGCUGUAUUUUACGCCGAUUAUGUUGUAACUGUACAGAUAGUUAUGCCUACGAUGUCGAAUAGCCUUUGGGGUGCCUUCAAUGCUGUGCUCUUCAAUGUGAUAUUGACAAUGAUGCUUGCAUCUCAUUUGAGAGCAGUGCUAUCUGAUCCAGGUGUUGUGCCCUUACCUAAAACCAAUCUCGAUUUCUCUGACCUGCAUUCUGGAUCUAGAAGUCCCAUACAUCAGAGUGGCCAUGAUUGGACGGUGUGUGCAAGAUGUGAGACUUACAGGCCACCAAGGGCCCAUCACUGUCGCAUAUGUCGCAGGUGUAUUCGACGGAUGGACCACCAUUGCCCUUGGAUAAAUAAUUGCGUGGGUGAAUACAACCAAAAAUAUUUCCUGCAGUUUAUAAUCUAUGUAGGUAUAGCAUCUGUUCAUGCAAUAGUGUUGGUUGCUGUUGCUUGGCUCGGUGACUGUGAUGGCUGUCAGUUGGAUGAGCAUUCAAAGCAGACUAUGCUGAUGCAUUGCAUAAUUCUUGUCAUUGAAUCUCUACUAUUUGGAAUAUUUGUAGUAGCCAUCAUGGUAGACCAGUUGACAGCGAUCUGGACAGACGAGACAGCAGUAGAGCAGGUGCAGAGGAGAGGUCCUCAUCGACCGCUUAAAUCCAAGAUGGCGCUACUGCAGGAAGUGUUCGGGCGAGGUUCUUUGGCUUUUUGGCUGCUACCUUGCCACAGUCCACCUAAAGAGAUUGAACCGCAUGACGACUAUACAGUGUAAUGUCUCGUAUUGACCUGUAAUUCUUACGGACCAAACGUCACCCCCACGUAAUGGCCUCCUGGAAGCAACACUCCAACCUUUAGAACUAUUUUCUACCAGCAGAUGGCAGUGCAGUUUCAUUUUGCAAUUUUCAGCGAUUAUCCUCUGUGUGAUAGAAUAAUAUGUGAUUUCCCUCAAUAUCGUCUUCAGACUAACGCUUUUCUGGAAAGGUGGUUUGUCUGCUGGACUUUUGUGAGCGCAGAAUGACAGCAGAUUGAGUUGUCGGGGCUGAAAUGUUAGGUUCCGAGAUUCCUUAUCAAACUGCUGUAUGAUUCAGUGAUCGUAGAAAGAGGCAUCAAUGAACUUGACAAGGUGGAUCACUUGCCACGUGUGUGAUUUUAAUAUAUCAAUCUCAACUAUCCACUUAUAUUACAUAUCUUCCUCUAAAAAAAGCUGUGAAUUGUGAUGAGUGGUUUGAGAGACCAAUGGCUGGGUUGAGAGAUCAAUGGUUGUGGUGGACACAAAAUUAUUUAGUGGUCAGUGCUGUUGGUCUUAUUUAGUGGUCAGUGCUGUUGGUCUUUUGUCGUACAUAGAUCAUUAUUGAUUGUUAAUGCGUAUUAAUUUAUUUAUACCAUUGUUGUAAAUAUGUCUGUGGCUAUAGCAACAGCUUAAACCAAUCUUAAGACUUGAGAAUAUCUUGGGUCAUUUAUUUUAUUGCCAUUCAAGCUAGAGCCCCAUAUUCACUAGGUACGCACAAUAUUGGGUGUACGUCUGGUAAUAAUGCAUGUGUGGAAUAAUGACAUGAGCUUGCGUAUUUUGCAGUAAGUCAUGUGAUACGUUGGUGUAAGUGGGUGUAAUAACCAUGGUAAACUGAUCAUUCCCUUUUCCCAUAGGUAUGUCACAUUCUGGUGCUACUUAGCCUGGUUAACGUUAUCAAGUAACCAGAGACCAAUUGUAACAUUUUUACCGUUUUUGCACAAAACCCUAAUGGAAAAAUCAAAAAUCAUUUCUAAGAUUCUCAUAAAAAAUAUUAGUUGUGUUAUGAAGUUCUCAUCAAUUCAGCUGUAAGUGCCAUCUUUUGGCUUUCUGGAUAAUUUCAUAUUAAUCUCAUUGUCUAAACAUUAAUUUGGUAAUUUUGAUGUAAUAGUGCAAUCUACAAAUCUUACAGAAUGUGAAACUAAGAGUAAGUAUUUACAAUUCAUGUAAUGAAAACAAAUGUUAAUAUUUUUAUUUUGUUAAAGUAUAAUUGCAUUUGCAAGUAUGAUAUUGCACACGGUCUGUGUAUGUAAAUCACAAAUAGUGGAUUUUAAACCACGUGAUUGUUAUUUAAUUGUGCAAACUGUCAAACCUGUAUUUGAUGCUGUGUAUUAUCUUCACUGUAAAUAUUCAAACACAUCUCGGAUUAAAAUGUGCGUAAUAUUAAAUGAAAUUGUCGCAAUGUACUUCACUAAUGCAUAUACUGUGCCCAAUAGCUGUCACAGCACUGCGUUGCUACAAAUGUAAUUAAUUAUAUUCACCCUGAAACUGACUUGUCACUUAUAUGUAGUACAGCGUUUUUCUAAGGUGUUCAUACGUGAUGUAGUUACCCGUUUGGACUAGAGGGGUGUUCAUACACAAUUGAAUGAAUGCGGUUUAGACGUAUAAAAUUUGACCUCGAACAGUAACAAGCAUAACUGACAUUUAGAAAGAGCUUAAUAUCCACGAAGGGCACGGCAAGGUAUUGUUCAUAGGAUUAUAACGUUUUAUAGUUAUGUAUUAUGUUAAAUUAUUUAUUUUUAUUUGAAAGUAACAACUUUAUCUAGCGUGAUGCCCCGUGCGAUAAUUACUGUUUUCGUAUCUAUUAUUUGCUCACAGGUUGUUUUCAGUGAUGCAGGCAUGCUUGCAUGUACGUACGUAACCUGCACAUGUAUGCAUAUGCGUAAUGUUAAUAUCAUGAGCAUAUCGGAUCUCGUUUUAUGUACAUUGUAUAUAUGUAUGUGUUUACGGUAAUAUACCUAUUCUGUACUUUUGUAUGAUUUCUGCACUGCUCCACUCCCCCCCCCCCACACAGUGAAUUAAGAUUUUGUCAGCGAUGACCGCCACGCUUUUAUGUUGUCGCCUGGUAGGAUAUGUAACUCACUAGAUACACGGCGAGCUAAGUUCUAGCGUUUUGAUGAUGCAGUGUGGCGGUGUAGCGUAAUGUUCGCCUAGUUUAUUGCCAUUCUGCCGUAUGUGCCAUUAGGAAAAUAUCAUUAUCAAGCCCCUAAUGUAGCAGGGUAUUCUCACCUCUUUAGGCUUAUGGUAGCAGGUUCACUCAGCCUCCUGUCUAGCAAGCCCCACCCCCACUCCCGGUAAAGCAUGCACGCAUCGUAGAUGAUUGUAAGAUGCCGUGUUUUGCUGCACUGAAACGGCUUCUAAUUGCGCUAUAUACACGCACGUAGGCCCCCCUAAUACACUGUUGACCAAUUUGACAGGGGGUUCGUUCGAGGGGGGAGGUGUGGCACAAGCGGAACGGGUGAACGCGUGAGUGUGCGUGCGUGCGCGCGCGUGUGUGUGUGUAUGAGAGAGGAGACAAGGUGAAAUAUAGAAAGUUGUCGAUGAGGAAUUGUAAAAUCCGAACGCAGUUAUAUAGAACAACUCUGAAAGUGAUGAAACAUGAUUCUUGCCACUGUUCUCGAUCCUUUAUCACGGCAUGGGUUGCUUCCUAACGAUGUUACAAAGAAAGUUGUGCGGCAGUGUGUGCACACCUCCACGAGUACUCCUGCAUGCUGCGAGUGAGGACACUCACAGCUUAUUAACUGAAUGGCACUGAUGAGGGAUUGGCCCUUCUUGACACAGCUACGGAAUAUUCCACUGUAAACAAAGGUCUCACGGGGGGUCAAUCAAUAUUAUCGACUACAGUCUACCAGUGCAGGCCCGGCUACCCUAUAGGACGUACUUGUGUGUGCAUGCAUGCGUGCACGGUUAGAUAGAUAUUUCCAAGCGAGUUACAAGUAAGCCAGUGCUAUAGUGUGAAGCUCAUGACGAUAUUGUUUCUGUAUUGAUUAUAUUCGAGUUUCCAUGUCGUGCAUUCAAAUGGCAUCGAAUUGAACCAAAUGUGUGUUGCGUAUAGGCAGCUGCACGUAUAUCUUUGAUAACCGUGUUAAUCAUUCAUUUACAAUCGAAUUUUCAAACGAAUGUCGUUUUCAAUUGUAUAGUUUAGUUAAAUAUUAUGUUGUAUGAUUUUAACUUUUUUUAAACUCGAGGUUCAGAAUCAUUUCGAAUGGCAUUUUCCCCCGUUUCAUAUCUAGGAAGCCGUACAGCGAAACGAGAAGACAUGUACAUGCGCUGCGCCUGGAAUAUAUGUUUUACAUUCCAACGCCUGAACUUUUAUGUGAAGAUAUUUUAUGUAAAUAUCGCAGCCGCACUGUUUUAAUUUCACUUUUACCAAUACAGCGAACGCGUUAUGUUCUGCAUUAUUGAA